AUCAAUUCACACUAUCGAUCAAUAACCUCAAUCCAAACAACUCUUUACAAAUCUUCACAUUUAUCCAACCAACAAGCAAGCAUGCCUCGUGGAAACGGUGAACAGACUAAGGUUGUCUACAAGGGCAAGAACGAGGACUUCAUUGUCUUUGUCGAGUCGGUGGAAAAGCUCAAUAAAUGGAGAAAAGAUCCCUCGAUCCCUCUUCUCGACGUAGUUGAUUCGUUCAAGGUGUUCUGUACGCACAAGCACGGGGCACAAGGGAUCCUCGACGAGGCUGGAGGCGGCCUCCUAGAAGGCGAAUUCGGAUCCAAGAAAGAAGACGAAGUGGUUAAGAGGAUUCUCCAGGGCGGGACUUUCCAGCGUGGUGUUGUCGAAGAACGCCAAGGAGACAGGAACGUUUCAGAUGGACCCAUGCAAGUUCAGGGUUAUAUUUUCUGAAUUAUUUUUUAGUCUUUUCUCUUCAAGGGGUCUUUGCAUAUGCAGCCUGUUUCCUUUUUCUCAAUCUCUUUCGGUGCGAUGCAAGGUGUCGCCUUGAUGGACGCAUACCGGUAGGAUAACUUCUAGGAUCCCGAAAUUCCGAGGAG